GCCGGCGGGCGAAAUGGCAAACAUCUGUAUCUCCAAGCAAGACAGAAGAGCAGAUGGAAGAGAGAAUUUCAUCCGACACCUCUGAGGUGCCUUCAGGCUCUAGCAGCGAAAGUACAGAAAUCCUAUGUGAGAGCCCACGGAACCCCUGCGGAACACAGUUUGAGAACCACUGGUGUGACGUGGCCAGCGAACCCCCAGUCCUCCACUGGAGGGGGCUGCAGUAGCGGCCAUCCUGCCACCAGAGGGCGUCUCACAGCUGUAAAGAGUUUCUCCCGGGAGUCUAUGAGCCGCCGAUGGGAUUACAGACGAGCGGUUUGAGUUUGACAGCAGGCGCACAAGGCCGGCCGCUUUGUGGAGCACAGGAGCGUGUUCAUCUUGAGCGCCCCCCGGCCGUCUGAGCCCCCACUGGCUCCGGACCCUCCGGGCCGAGCGGUCGAGAAGCUAAGCCCCAGCCCGCACACACCGCCAGCUCAUCCUGCAGACGAGUUCACAGGGGCCUUCUUUCUGCUGCUAAGAAAGUGUUGCAUAAAAAAAACAACAGGAAAUCACAUGGUACAUCGGCGUGGGGUUUGAAAUCAACCGUUAUUUCCUGCUUGUGGCCACAGAUCUGUAGUCCGUGGAUGAGCAGAGAUGACUCCUGGUCGGAUUUUAUUCUCCCUAGGGAUCCUCCUCUCUGCGGGCGGAGUCUCCGAGGGCUUCAACAUUGACACCACCAGCCCCAUCAUCUACAGCGGGAGCUCUCAGGACUACUUCGGAUACAAGACCAUCCAAUACGGAGCGGGACAGGAGAAAUGGAUCAUCGUCAGCGCUCCAUUAAAAGACAACAGAACUGGAGGAAUCUACAAGUGUGCUUACGAACCAAACUCCUGCCAGCUUAUCUUAAAUGAAGUUACGGUCAUGGACUCAGUGAAAGCUGUGGGACUGUCCCUUGCUGCCAGGAUGGGGAGCAACCCUCAGCUCACAACCUGCAGCCCCUCCCUGGCCCACGGCUGCGCCUCCAACAUGUACCUGAACAGCAUCUGCUACCAGUUCGACCAGCACCUGCAGCUCACCGGCAACCUCACCCCCUCCUACCAGGGCUGCUUCAAGAGAGACGUAGACCUGGUGUUCCUGUUUGACGGCUCGGAGAGCCUGACUCCCGCCGACUUCGAGAAGAACAAGGAGUUCAUCGUGGACAUCAUGAGGAACCUCACCAACUCCUCCAUCCAGUUCGCUGCGGUGCAGUUCUCCACAACGUUCCGGACGGAGUUCACCUUUGAACAGUACCAGCAGCGCAAGAACCUUGCAGGGCUGCUGAAGGACGCGGGCCACAUGAAAUCUCUCACCAACACCCACGAAGCUCUGGACUUCACUGUGAACCAUGUUCUGUACAACAAAACAGCUGGAGCCAAAGACAAUGGCACAAAGGUCCUGAUCAUUAUCACAGAUGGAGACCCCACUGACUUUGAUGAUUAUAACAUCGUCGACACUCUGAAUAAUAAAGGCAUCAUUCGCUAUGUGAUUGGGGUUGGGAAUCUCGACCUCAGAAACCUGAAGAAACUCUCCUCUGAACCCAAAGAGAACAACACCUUCUACAUCCAGAACUACGGAGGACUGAAGAAUGUCCUGGACAACCUGCAGAACAAGAUCUACAGCAUUGAAGGUGUGAGCAGCACCAACAAGAAGAAGUUUGAGAAGGAGAUGUCCCAGACCGGAUUCAGCGCGCUCUACAACGAGGACUCCUUAAUGUUGGGGGCGGUGGGCUACAACAACUGGCAAGGCUCCGUCAGCGAAAUCUCCCCCGGUCUGUCCGAGACCCCUGUCAUCCCGGUGAAUGUGUCCGAAGACUCUUACCUGGGCUACGCGCUGGCCCGCGGGCUCAGGGGUCCCUUCUCCCUGCUGGCGGCGGGGGCUCCCCGCGCCGAACACCGGGGCACCGUCCUGCUCUUCCGGAAGUCCGAAAGCAGCACCCGCUGGGAGGAGGCGUUCCGGCUGUCGGGGCAACAGAUCGGCUCCUACUUUGGAGGGGAGCUGUGCUCCCUGGAUGUGGACUCAGACAACCAGACUGACUUUCUCCUGGUGGGGGCGCCACUGCACUAUGAGGACCAGAGAGAGGGGAUGGUGUUUGUGUACAAAGUGGCUGACGAGGGGUUCCUCUCCCCGGUUCAGAACAUCAGCGGGGCGACCAGUUCGCCCUUCUCCCGGUUCGGCUCGGCCAUGGCCUCUCUACAAGACCUCAAUGGCGACGGGCUCGAUGAUGUGGCAGUGGGGGCGCCUCUAGAGAAUGACCACCGGGGGGCUCUCUACAUCUACCUGGGUGACAGAGAAGAUGGAAUCAAGGCUCAGUACAGCCAGCAUAUCCUUGCAGAGACCCUGUCUCCUAGGCUCAGGUACUUUGGUCACUCUGUCAGUGGCUUGAUGGACCUGAGUGCGGACGGACUGACGGACAUCACAGUGGGGGCGAUGGGAGAUGUGAUUGUUCUCAGGUCCCGGCCUGUCCUCAGUGUGUGGGGGCGUCUGUCCUUCGAGCCGACCCAGAUCUCCCUGGCCCACUUCGACUGCCUGGGAGUGAGCUCCGAGAGCCCCGUCCUGAACCUGACCGUGUGCUUCAGUGUGGAGCUGGACACUAAAAACACACCCGACCUCCCCACCGUUCUUUUGCAGAACUGCGUCAAGGACACGGUCUCUCCUGUCAAGAUCAAACUGACCUUCUCGCAGACGGAGGGCCCCAGCUCCCCUGCUCUGACCCCCAUCCUCAACAUCGACAGCAGGAACGUCGAGUACAUCGAGGUUCCUUUCGAGAAGAACUGCGGUGCCAACGACACCUGCAUUGCCGACCUGCACCUUGACUUCAACUUCUCCUCUCCCUCCCUGCUGGUGGCUAGCCGGCGCACUCUGGCCAGUUGCAAUGUAGAAUCUCCGGAGAAGACUCUCUGUAGCGUCAGCCCUCCUGUCUACCGGGGCGACACCACCGCAGUAUUUCUCAAUCAGUUCAGAAUCUCCCCUGAAGCAGAUUGGAACGAGACCAUGGAGAUCACUGUGAAAGCACACAGUGACAAUGGAAAAUUCUCCAAUGAAACUGUCCUCACCAAGGAAAUUCCAGUGCUGUUUGCCAUUGACGUCACAGUCAAGGGGCUGGAUUCAAAUUACUUCAAUUUCACAGUGGAGGACAUUGCAUCCACGGACAUCAAGCAUGAGUAUGAGGUGAAGAAUGAGGGACAGAAGGGUCUGCCCAUCGACGUCGCCUUCACCAUCCCCACCCAGUUUUCCAGCAACUUUUGGUGGAACGUCCAGAGUAUCUCAUCCGACAUGGUAAGAACAGAGUCUGGCUUUUUCCUCGAAUCUGCUCUUAAUGCCGAUCCAGAUCGCGUCACAGUGGUGCAGACUGACUGUGUGUCUCUGCGUCUGUGUUUGCAGGAAUGCGAAGCCUUGAAGUGCAAGGUGAUCGUGUGUCAGAUAGCCAUGCUGGAGAAGGGCUCCUCCAUCCACAUCAGUUUCUCCGGGCCGUCCAGCUUUAACGUCGAGGAUCUGAAAGGGAAGCUGUCCUUCUCUGAGGAGAGGAUCCAAGUGGACUUCUCCAGCUCUGCCCAGCUCAGCUACGACACCAGGCGCUACGUCCAGUACAGUAGCUCAGGGGACAGCAAAAACAACCAGUUCCACAAGGCAAAGUUCCUUACCAAGGCUGAGCUGGUGAUCCCCCCUCACACCGCGUUCAUCACUGGUGUGGGGAUUGGAGGAGGGCUCCUGGUGCUGAUCAUCCUCAUACUGAUUCUCUAUAAGGUGGGCAUCCUGUCAAUCAGCCGAGGAAAACCCAUCAGACAGCACGUCACUCAG